AUGUCUUCUCUACGUAACGCUGUUAAGAGACGUAACCAUAGAGAACGAGCGCAACCGCGCUCCAGAGAGAAAUAUGGUUUACUCGAGAAACACAAAGAUUACGUGCUUCGAGCAAGAGAUUAUCAUGCAAAACAAAACAGGCUCAAAAAUAUGCGAGAAAAAGCAUAUUUUAGAAAUCCUGACGAGUUUUACUUUAAAAUGAUUAAUAGCAAAACUAAAGAAGGCGUCCACGUAAUAGAACGUAAUGCAGCCUUUUCAGGAGAUAUGAUUAAAUUAUUAAAGUCUCAAGAUUUAAAUUAUGUUAAAACUCAACGUGAUCUUGGAAAUAAGAAAAUUGAAAAAAUCCAAAAUGAAUUACAUUUUGUUGAUUCAGAUCUUGUUCAAAAUGAUAUGAAUGUAGAUGAUGAAUUAUCGAAAGAAAUGGUUGAAUCAAAGCAGCAUCAGCAUAUAAUAUUUUUUGAUUCUAAGAAAGAAGCAAAAUAUUUUGACACUUUACCUGAAUUGGUUAAUCGCAAGUUUAAUAGGCCGCGUAUUAAAACAUUAGAAAGUGAUGUCAUUAUGAUACCGGAUGAAGAAGAAUUACAAAUAUUACAUAAAAACAAAUUAUUGAAAUAUCAAGAUCUAAAAGCUCGCAUAAAACGACAAGAGCAAUUGGAAAAAGCGGAACAAGAAUUACAAAUUCAAAAAAAUUUGAUG